UACCCUCCCAUGCACCCAUCAGUAAAGACUUCUUUUCUAAAGUAUGAAGUACUCAGAUACACCUUUCUGUACUCCUUACAGGACAAUAAACCACUGAUAAAAAUUUCUGUAGUUAAAAAGGGAUAUUUGACAUGAGAACACUCAACCGUUGGAGGUUGUGUGAGGCCUGGAAGGUGGGACUGCUGGAAAAUUAAAACGUUACGGCUUGAGUUCCACAAAGCUCAAGGUGGAUCUCAGCUGCUAUGUGGGCCUUGGGCUCACCUCCCCACAGCACUCGUUUGCCUACACCUGCAUUGAAGCUGGAGGGGCAGUGGGGUGCAUAAGGUGGCUCCAACAUGUGUCCAGCUCCAGGGCUUCGCUGUCCCAGUUGAGGUCGUCUCCUACAACCGCAAAAAGAAAAUGGCUCUUGGCUCGUUCAAUGGGGAUCAAGCUGCCCUUAUUCUUCUCUGCCAGGGGAUCUUCAAGAGCAUCCUUUAUGAUGAUUGCACCUGACUCGCUUUUCCCGGAACCUCCAAAACCCUUACCCCCAAAUUAAGCUAAUCUCUUGAACCUCGGAUAACCCAGCUCUUCUCUGGAAAUCUCUCCGUGCUUCACCUGCCUGCCCUCCUGCCAUCACACUCCUUCGGAACCUACGGAACUCAGGGCAAAGUCUAAACGUGUAACUUAAAGGAAAGUUGCUGAAGACAUGGCUUCCCAAGUCAGGCUGAGGCUGCUCCCGAGUGCCAGGUGUCUGUUUGAUGAGCCUAUUCAGGUGAAGGUGGCCGGGCUGAGGUCGAGGCAGGUGGUCUCCCUGAGAGCCAGCUCAACCGACGACAAGGGAACUGUGUUCAGCUCUGCGGCCACCUACAGAGCCAAUGGCAACGGGGAGAUUGACUUGAAGAGAGACCCCUCACUCAGUGGGAGCUACGUUGGGGUUGAACCGAUGGGUCUGCUUUGGUCAAUGACACCGGACUCUUUGCAUAAAAGACUUCAGAAGAUAAAUGCCCUUAAUCCAUCCAUGGUAAAGUUCUCAGUGCACGAGGAGGCAGGUGAGGGCCGGAUUCUGGCAGAGGCGACUAAUGAGAGGAUUCUAAUGGGAGAUGGGGUCAUUCGGGUCCCCAUCAAAGAGGGGAACAUUCGAGGAGUCCUGUUUACUCCUCCAGGCAGGGGUCCCUUCCCAGCUGUGUUAGAUUUGUACACUUUUGGUGGAGGUCUGUCAGAGAAAAGAGCCUCUCUGUUGGCCAGCAGAGGAUUUUUGGUUCUGACUGUUGCCCUGUAUGGCCACGAUGACCUGCCUAAAAACAUUAAGGAGAUCCACCUGGAUUAUUUGGAAGAAGCUGUCGAGUUUCUAAAAAAACUAACUAAGGGUUCCAGUAAAAAAGUUGGUGUAAUAUCCCUUUCCAAAAGUGGAGAUCUUGCCUUAUCAGUUGCUUCUUACCUACCAGAUGUUGAGGCCACAGUGUGGAUCAAUGGCUGCUCUGCCAAUGUAGCUUUGCCUCUCUACUAUAAGAAAAGACAAAUACAUUCUGCAUUAAUGUUUGAUUUAAAGAAAGUGAUUCCCACUGAGUCAGGGGCCUUCAACACCAAAUACGUUUUAAACAAUCCUCUGGCGGAGGAGAACAAGGGCAGCCUGAUUCCCAUUGAACGAGCCAAAGGACAUUUCCUCUUUGUGGCCUCUGAGGAUGACCUUAACUGGGACAGCAAGGCUUACGUGGAUGAGAUGGUGGAGAGACUGAAGCGUCACGGGAAGGAGAAGUUUGAGAGUGUGUCAUACCCUGGAGCUGGACACUACUUAGAGCCACCUUAUGGACCCUACUGCCCUUCCAGCUUCCAUGGGGUUUUAGGCAAGCCAGUCUUGUGGGGAGGUGAGCCCAAGUCCCACGCAGCAGCUGAGGUCCACAUGUGGAAGAAGAUCCAAGAUUUCCUCAGAAAUCAUCUGAGCUCUGAUGCUGCACAGAAUAGGGCCAAGUUAUAGUUUCAAACUAGACAAUGAAUAACAAAAAUUAAAGUCACGACUGCCAUAAAACUGUGAUAAUCAUGUCUGACCUGUUAAAUGUGUUGAUUAAUGAUUCACUAUUUUAAACAUUUAAAGUCUGUAAUUUAUCACAACAGGUAGAACGGGAUCCUCCUUACCCUCAAGGUAUAGCUAUAAUUUUGUGUUAAUACUCCAUAGUGUCAUGUAAAUGCUUGUAAGUUUUCUGUUUUCAUCAUUAAAGUUGGUAAAAUUUGAAAAAGGUUUAUUUGUAUAAAACUUAAAAAGCGUAUCCUGAAUUCUUGACACGAUGUAGAUUCAGUCCUUCUGUCACACUGAGGUACUUUGAUGUUGCGAGACGAUCCAGUUGUCACAGGGUGAUGUUGCUGCAGACUUUGUCUCAUGUCUAUUAAAAUAUCUAUUAAAAUUAAAGUUACUUUUGCUGCUGGACACUCUAAAGUCAACUUAUUAAUUCAUCAAAACCAAAAAGACAAGACGUAUUGACUGCCGUUUAACUCUAGAAUAAAUGUUCUUAAGUGUUGAUUUCUGAUGUAUUAUUUAAUGUAAUGAAAGAUUGUGAUUUAUCAUAAACUGGCAUCUGUGGCUCACAAAUUACCUUGAGGCAUACUGACACAUCCCAUCUUCACACAGCAAACUAGACAGACUGGUGCCUAUUACCUUACAAGCUAAUGUUAACUGAAUUUUGUUUUUCCUUAAAAUUGUUGUUGCAACUGUUACAAUAGACGUGUAUUCAAAGGCAA